UGAUAUCGACCAGCCUCGCUGCCCCUCAUAUGCACACCCCCUUCUUGGCGAACCGCCCUCUCUUCCCCCCUCCCUUGUUCCCUAACAAUCCUACACUCACGCGCCGGCGCACUCCUGCUUCCCACCGCGCCGACCUAUCUUCCAUUCGACAACCCCCUCCUCGUCCACGGACACCAUGAGCUUCCUCCCCAGGUCCCCCCGACCGCCGUCACCAUGUUUCUCGCAUACAUCCCUCCGUCUGUUCACUCACCAAUGCGGGCGCUACCACAGGGCAAAGUCGCCGAGCUGCGCUUCGAGCUGAAUAGCGGCGGCAAGAAGGACAAGCACUUCACCGCCAAGAAGAUCGCCCUCAAGAAGAUUGUCGCCAACAUGACCAUGAGCAACAACGAUAUGGUCGCGCUGUUCCCCGAUAUUGUUGGCUGCAUGAACAUUCCAAACCUCGAGAUCAAGAAGAUGUGCUUUCUCUUCCUCGUCAACUACGCCAGGAUGCGCCCGGACGUGGCGGUAAAAGCCAUUCCGGUGUUGCAACAUGACAUGCAAGACCACAACCCCCUCGUGCGGGCACUCGCCCUACGAACCAUGUCUUAUAUCCACGUACGAGAAUUUGUCGAGGCGACCGUGCCCAUCGUCAAACAGCUGCUCCGAGACCCGGAUCCGUACGUGCGUAAGACGGCGGCAUAUUGUGUGGCGAAGCUGUACGAUCACGACCGCCACAUGGUAGAGAAGUCGGACCUUAUCGACAGGUUAAACGGCCUGCUGAGGGACGACAAUCCAACCGUGGUAGCAAGCGCGCUGGCGGGAUUGAUGGACAUCUGGGAACGGAGCGACGCCAUCAAACUCACCAUCGACUAUAGCAACGCCUCCAAGAUGGUUGCCAUCUUGCCGGAUUGCUCCGAAUGGGGUCAAACCUACAUUUUGGAAGCCCUCAUGUCCUACGUGCCGCAAGAAUCCGGCGAGGCCGCGCUCCUGGCUGAGCGCAUCGCCCCUCGCCUCUCACACUCCAACUCGGCCGUCGUGCUCACCUGCAUUCGCGUAAUUCUCUACCUAAUGAACUACAUCGCCGACCAGAAACAGAUCGCCGCCCUCUGCCGGAAACUGUCACCACCGCUGGUCACACUGCUCGCCAAGGGACCCGAGGUGCAGUACCUGGCCCUCCGAAAUGCCCUGCUCAUCCUCCAGCGGCGACCCGAGGUGCUCCGCAACGACAUCCGCGUCUUCUUUUGCAAAUACAACGACCCCAUCUACGUCAAGGUCACCAAGCUCGAGCUCAUCUUCAUGCUCGCCAAUGAGAAAAACAUUGACGAAGUGUUGACCGAGCUUCGAGAAUACGCCACCGAGAUCGAUGUGCACUUCGUCCGCAAAGCCGUCCGCGCCAUCGGCAAACUGGCCAUCAAAAUUGAGCCCGCCGCGCGGCGGUGUAUCAACCUGCUGCUGGAACUCGUCGCCACCAAGGUCACGUACAUCGUGCAGGAGGCGACGGUGGUAAUCCGCAACAUCUUCCGCAAGUACCCUAACCAGUAUGAGAGCAUCAUCGGCACGCUCUGCGAGCACCUCGACUCACUCGACGAGCCCGAGGCCAAGGCGGCCAUGGUAUGGGUCAUCGGGCAAUACGCCAGCCGCAUCGAGAACUCGGACGCGCUCCUCGAGGACUUCCUCUUCACCUUCGCCGAAGAGCCCGUCGAGGUGCAACUCGCCCUGCUGACCGCCACCGUCAAGCUCUUCAUCCAGCGGCCGACCAAAGGCCAGGAACUCGUGCCCAAGGUCCUCAAAUGGGCCACCGAAGAAACCGACAACCCCGACCUGCGCGACCGCGCCUACAUGUACUGGCGGCUGCUCUCGACCGACAUGGAAGCGGCGCGCCGCGUCGUCAUGGGCGACAAGCCGGCCAUCACGGCCGAGUCGGAGCGGCUCGACGCCGUCACGCUCGAGGAGAUGUGCCUCAACGUCGGCACGCUGGCCACCGUCUACCUCAAGCCCGUCCAGACCGUCUUCCGCAACGCCCGCCCCCGCCGCCUGCAGGACUCGCCCGCCCUGCAGCGCCACGACCUCCCCACCGCCGCCGCGCCCCCCGGGCUCCAGUCCGACGCCAACAAGAGCCUCAGCCAGCUGGGGCUCGGCGGCCAGCCCGCCGACUUCGACCCCCGCACGGGCCGCGACUACAACCCGGCCCAGUCUGCGGGGGCACAAAACGGUGGUGGUGGUGGUGACCUCGCGCAGGCCGUCAGCGACGCCGACGCGUACUUUGCUACCCAGCAGAUGCACGGCAUGCAGAUCCAGGAGCUGGGCGACAGUUUCGGGGGGAAUGGUGGUGAGGCGGCGGGGUAUGUGGUUAACCAGUAUGCGCCGCAGACCGUGUACCAGCCGGCUGCGCAGGGGGUGGCGGGGAAUGGGGAUCUGUUGCUGUGAGGUUGUCUGUGGGGUUCUGAUAAUUGGGUGGGGGGGCUUGCUUUGGCGGGGCUUGUCGAGGUCAGGUAGUAGGCAGGAGG